CGUGUUUGCGUGCGGCGGAGGUGGCGGCGCGGGCCGGUCGGAGCUCGGCGUUGCUGCUUCUGGUGCUCCUGUCGCCGCCGUCUCUGUCCGGCUGUCUUGGGCCAUCGAGCGGACGAGGCGCCGGCCACAGCACCUCAGCCCCAGCCGCAGCUCCGCGCGGGGCUCGGCGGGAGGGUGGGCGAGCGCGUGUCGGAGGGUGCCGCGCGGGCGGGCGGGAGGGCGCCCGUGAGGGAAAGAGGCGGGGGCGGUGGGUCAGCCGCGGGCCGGGCCGGCCGGGGGAUGUCGAUGCCUGACGCGAUGCCGCUGCCCGGUGUCGGGGAGGAGCUGAAGCAGGCCAAGGAGAUUGAGGACGCGGAGAAGUACUCCUUCAUGGCCACCGUCACCAAGGCACCCAAGAAGCAAAUCCAGUUUGCUGAUGACAUGCAGGAGUUCACCAAAUUCCCUACCAAGACUGGCCGGCGAUCUUUGUCUCGCUCUAUCUCUCAGUCCUCCACUGACAGCUACAGUUCGGCUGCGUCCUACACAGAUAGCUCUGAUGAUGAGGUUUCCCCCCGAGAAAAGCAGCAAACCAACUCGAAGGGCAGUAGCAACUUCUGUGUGAAGAAUAUCAAGCAGGCAGAAUUUGGACGCCGGGAGAUUGAGAUUGCAGAACAAGACAUGUCUGCUCUGAUUUCACUCAGGAAACGUGCUCAGGGGGAGAAGCCCUUGGCUGGUGCUAAAAUAGUGGGCUGUACACACAUCACAGCCCAGACAGCGGUGUUGAUUGAGACACUCUGUGCCCUGGGGGCUCAGUGCCGCUGGUCUGCCUGCAACAUCUACUCCACUCAAAAUGAAGUGGCUGCAGCACUGGCUGAGGCCGGAGUUGCAGUGUUUGCUUGGAAGGGCGAGUCAGAAGAUGACUUCUGGUGGUGUAUUGACCGCUGUGUGAACAUGGAUGGGUGGCAAGCCAACAUGAUCCUGGAUGAUGGGGGAGACUUAACCCACUGGGUUUAUAAGAAGUAUCCAAACGUGUUUAAGAAGAUCCGAGGCAUUGUGGAAGAGAGCGUGACUGGUGUUCACAGGCUAUAUCAGCUCUCCAAAGCUGGGAAGCUCUGUGUUCCAGCCAUGAACGUCAAUGAUUCUGUUACCAAACAGAAGUUUGACAACUUGUACUGCUGCCGAGAAUCCAUUUUGGAUGGCCUGAAGAGGACCACAGAUGUGAUGUUUGGUGGAAAACAAGUGGUGGUGUGUGGCUAUGGUGAGGUGGGAAAGGGCUGUUGUGCUGCUCUCAAGGCUCUUGGAGCAAUUGUCUAUAUCACAGAAAUUGACCCCAUCUGUGCUCUGCAGGCCUGCAUGGAUGGGUUCAGGGUGGUAAAGCUAAAUGAAGUCAUCCGGCAAGUUGAUGUCGUUAUAACUUGCACAGGAAAUAAGAAUGUAGUGACACGGGAGCAUUUGGACCGCAUGAAAAACAGUUGCAUCGUAUGCAAUAUGGGCCACUCCAACACAGAAAUUGAUGUGACCAGCCUCCGCACUCCGGAGCUGACAUGGGAGCGAGUGCGUUCUCAGGUGGAUCAUGUCAUCUGGCCAGAUGGCAAACGCGUCGUCCUUCUGGCAGAGGGUCGUCUGCUCAAUCUGAGCUGCUCCACAGUUCCCACCUUUGUUCUGUCCAUCACAGCUACAACACAGGCUUUGGCACUGAUAGAACUCUAUAAUGCACCUGAGGGACGGUACAAACAAGAUGUGUACUUGCUUCCUAAGAAAAUGGAUGAGUACGUUGCCAGCUUGCACCUGCCAUCAUUUGACGCCCACCUGACAGAACUGACAGAUGACCAAGCAAAAUAUCUGGGACUCAACAAAAAUGGGCCAUUCAAACCCAAUUAUUACAGAUACUAAUGGACCAUAUUACCAAGGACCAGUCCAUAUGACUCUAAAAGAAAUAUUUUUUAAGAUAACUUUUGAUUUCUUCUUAUUCCUUUCCUCUUGAUUAUUUUUUUUUCCUAUAAUUUCUUUCUUGUUUCUUCAUCUCAUUAUCCAAGUUCUUCACACAGGAACUUGCUUCAUGGCUCUUUAGAUGAAACUGAAAUUCAAGGUUUCUCACCCUAGUCACUAAAGAAGGAUUUUACUCUCCCAGCCCAGAAAGGUGACUCUUUCUUUACCAUUUCUGGGGACGAUAUAGUCUUAAUUGGGUACCUUAUUAACAGGAAAUGCUAAGGUACCUUCUAUGUGGAACAAUCUGCAAUGUCUAAAUUGCCUUAAAAGAGCCCAUUUCUUAGCUGCUGAAAUCAGUGUUCUUUCACUUCUUCAGAGGAGCAGGGAUGGUACCUACCAGUCAGGUAGGUUAGAUGUAGGUGGUGCAUGUUAAUUUCCCCUAGAUGCUCCGCGCCCUGUUUCCUGUGUAAAGGCGGUAUGUUUGGUUCAGAGAUGUGUACUAGUGAGUGUUGCUUGUUAAGGUCCAGUAGGCCCACUUGAAUUUAGUACAGCCCCUCCUUCACUCCCACCAGACCUCAUUUUUUCAGGUUUUUAACCAGACUGCAAUCUAUUAAGUUGAAUUUUGUCCCCUAGCAUUUAUUUGUUGUAUUUAAAAAAGAAAGAAAGAAAGAAAAAUGUUUAGUCUUAAUACUGAGAAGCUGGUUGGGUGGUUAGUUACCAAUUUAUCUUUUGAACUUUUGGAGCUAAAAAUACAGAGUUGAGUCUAGAGACAUGCUGAUCUCAAACUCUGAUAAUUUCUCUGUUUCUAGCCCAUAGUUUAUAGCAUUAAUAAACUGGGGCCAUAAUAGCAAAUUUUAUCAGCUCUGCCCCAUACAGCUUGGGCUGAAAGCAAAUUUCUUGAGCCAUUACUCAGUAUAAAGCACUGAGCUCUAUCUUUAGGAUUUAUCCUUCAAGAGCAGAUUUCUGGUCCGCUGUGCUUCUGCAGUUUAAAAUAUUUAAAGGGAUGAAGAUGUGGAUGGGAGGAGGAAGUAUAAAUUGUGCCAGGGUGAGAGAAAUUAGCUCCAUAUAACUUGUCUGGGACUUUAGGCCCCAUAGAACAUUAGUGUUACACAAGCGGUACCACUUUUGAUUGACACAUGUCACAGAAAGUUUUUGAACUAAGAUAUUAAAAGGCAGUUUGUGCGUAGAGAAAGUAAUCAGUAUCUCCUGGCUCACACUCUGAAAGAAUCCUCAGAGAGGUUCUCUCAGAGAUGUAUUCCCAUGCCAUGCACCCUGCUUACCAGCAUUUCUGCAUGGUCAGAUGAGCUUGAUGCUCAUGAGCUUUAAGUGUAUAAUUAUCCAGGAUUCUAAAUCCUCAACUUCUUCUAGCUUGUGAUCCUUCAAAGCUGGGUCGGACAUUAGUGCUAGAUACUAGAAAUUUUCAUUUCCCUGUUGCCAGUGAUCAGAGAGACAGACAUUAAAACAGGAAUAUAAGGAAGGAAAGCUUUUCACUCUGUGACUUCUAGAAGGAGACAGUGAUCUUGCCAAAAUUUUUUCCCUUUCCUCUCCCCACCCAGCCCCUUCCCAGUCCUUGCCGAUGUGACCAUGCUUUCUUCUCUUAGAUGCUAACGGUUCAGGCCCUUUUUCCCAGGGUAUUUAACCAGCCAAUCAGAACACCACAUCCUUUAGGAAAGGUAACCUGGCAAACAGUGGUAUCCAUGGCGUCAGCUCUGUUUGAGGGAAGGAGCCCAGGUCCUGCUGCCCCCUGACCUGCCCCUACUCCCUUUUCUAUUACUGUGUCCAUAGGAAUACUAGGUUAGGGCUCCAUCUCUGUCAAGCCAUGUAACAAAUGACACUGGGAAAUGUCUGGCAUCAGAGGGAGCGUGUGGAGAGCAACUUGGGAGGAACAAGUUUAUUUUGUAUUGAAUGAUUUUUAUUGAAUGCAAUAUUAAUCCUUGCAGAUGAGCAAUAAUCAUUAAAGUCAAUUAAAAUAAUAAGACUUUA